AUGCUGUGUAGGAUGGUGUUGGUGCCCAGGAAGAAGAAGAUUGGGAAAGUGCCGGUUUAUCUGAAUGUGUACGAUCUUACUCCGAUCAAUGGCUACGCGUAUUGGCUCGGCCUUGGGGUCUACCAUUCCGGUGUACAAGUACAUGGGGUUGAAUAUGCUUUUGGAGCGCAUGACCAUGCAACGACUGGGAUUUUUGAAGUGGAACCAAAACAAUGUCCUGGCUUUGUAUUCAGAAAAUCAAUUUUGAUCGGAAGAACAGAUUUAGGCCCCAAGGAGGUCCGUGCAUUUAUGGAGAAACUAGCAGAAGAGUACUCUGGAAACACAUACCAUCUGAUCACCAAGAACUGCAACCACUUCUGUAAUGAUGUGUGUACCAGAUUGACGGGGAAGCCUAUUCCUCGCUGGGUCAACCGUCUUGCUCGACUUGGUUUUUUCUGCAAUUGUGUUCUUCCAGCUGGUUUGAAUGAAACUAAAGUUCGGCAAGUAAAAUCAGAUGGGGUUUACAGUGGGGAUAAGAAGAAAUUGAGAAGCCUUUCAACUAAUUGUGCAUCCUCAAAUCCUCGGCCCUCUUCUUUACAACCCUCCAGUGGGGGUUCUGCAGGCAGAAGUAGUAGACAAAGACACUGUGUUCCUCCAUCUUCCACCUUGAUCCAUUCUUCAUCAACCUCGGCCUUGACUGUAAAGGUGUGA